CGUAAUCAAAAUGACUGCUGUAUUUGCAAACAGUGAUCAACAAUUGAAUUGACAUUUAAUUUGCGUUUAGUUUUAAAUCUCAUUUCAUUUCCACACAAAUCUAUUGCAGUUUUGUUUGCGUGACUGCGGCGCGUGAGUGCGUGACUCACACACACAUACGUGACACUCGUUUGACAGUUGAUUAGACGUUUGUUUGCCACCAAAACAGUGACUGUUUUGCUGCCAAUCUGUCCGUCCAUUUGGUGAUCGACGCGAUUCACUGGACCCACGAAGGCUACACUUACGCCCAUUUCUGUGAUAAUAACCACUGAUUAUCUCAAGACACUCGCACACGAUGGUUGACUACUAUAAAGUGCUGGAAGUGCCACGAAAUGCCGACACAAAUGAUAUCAAAAAGGCAUAUCGGAAACUGGCGCUCAAGUGGCACCCGGACAAGAACCCCGACCGCAAAGAGGAGGCCGACCGCCGUUUCAAAGAGCUGUCCGAAGCCUACGAAGUCCUGUCCGACGACAAAAAGCGCAAAAUAUAUGACAAAUACGGAAAGGAAGGCCUUAUGAACGGCGGCUCCGCCCAUCAUCACCACUACCACCACCACACGGGGCCCGACAUGUUCGCCAACAGUUUCCCCGGACACCCGUUCCAAGCGUUCUUCACGUUCAGAGACCCGGAGGAUGUGUUUCGGGACUUUUUCGGUUCGGAUCCGUUCAGUGACCUCUUUGGCGGCGGCGGCCGACCCUCCGCUCACACGAACCACACGUCGGCAAUGAAUCGGCAAAACAAUAUGCAGUUUGCGUUCAACCCGUUCGCGCAGUUCGGCUUAGGGUCCAUGGAUCACAUGAAUGAUCACCUCUGGGGCGACCAGUCGUCCACGUUCACCACAUUCAGCACUUUUAAUGAUCUCGGCAACAGACCCAACGUCAAGCGCACCACCACUUCCACCAAAUACGUGAAUGGGAAGCGCGUGGAGACCAGAAAAGUGAUGGAGAACGGGAAGGAGACGGUGACCAUAACGGAGGACGGGGUCGUGACCUCUAAAUUGGUUAAUGGCGUCAAUCAAUCGAUAGGCUAUUAGGCGUCCACCACACCCGACCCCGUCGUCCCAAACGCUGAGAUAUAUAUAGUGUGUGUCUGUAUUGGCGUUGAAAACGUUGCGUAGAAUUAAAUUCUUGUCAUUAAUUCAAUUGUUGUAUUCAUUACUUCACCGAAAGU